UUCAAGAGUUGAGACUUGAGAGAAGGAAUUAAGAUUAGAAUAUAUAAAAGAUGGCAGAUGAGGAGCCUGUAAGUCCAACAGGGCAAUACAUGAGUAGCUCAGUGCUCAAUGUUGCAUUUCUUGUUGUCUUUGAGACUUUAAUGCCUAUUCAUGAUUCCCAAGCCAUUACAGCUCUUCAAUCCAUCUUCUUACCUAUCAACCCUCGUUUCUCUUCAAUCAUGGUAAGAGAUGAGCAUGGAGUUCAGAAAUGGAGGAAAGUUGAAGUGAAGUUAGAGGAGCAUCUUAAAGUGCCAGUGUUUCCACAAGGUUUGGAACAGUAUGAUGAAUGCUUGCAAGACUACAUGUCAAGCAUAUCAAUGGAACCAUUAACCUUCAGUAAGCCAUUGUGGGACUUAAGUAUCAUAAAAUACCCUACAAGCAGUGCAGCUGGCACUUUUGUUUUUAGGCUUCACCAUGCUUUGGGUGAUGGCUAUUCUCUUAUGGCUGCACUGUUUGCAUGCCUUAAAAGAACUGAUGACCCUUCACUUCCACUCACCUUCCUUCUUCUUCUAAGGAGAAAAGGUUGCCAUCAGGAAGAGGAUGGGGGUGUUUAUUUCAUGAGUUUUUAAGAUUAUCAUGUGCAUGUGUUAACAGUGUCUGGGACUUUGGAUAUAGCUUGAUGAAGAGUACUGUAAUGGAGCUAGGAUAGUGUUUCAGCAAUCAGGUCUGGUUUACCGUAUGUUGAAUCUAGGCCUAUCAACUUAUCUUACGUUGACUUCUCUCUUGAUGAAAUCAAGAAAAUCAAGGGGAAGGUUGAUGCGACAGUAAACGACGUAUUAACUGGUAUAAUUUUCAAUGGCAUUCACUUGUACAUGGAAGAAGUGAGGCCAGACAAGAAUAACACAUCAAAUAUGACUGCCCUUGUGUUGCUUAACACCAGAGUCAUUAGAACCUACAAGAGCAUGGAGGAGAUGAGAAACCUUAAUUCUAAGGCUAAGUGGGGUAACUACUUUGCAUUCGUUCAUGUUCCCAUGCCCAAGUGUGAUAAGAAGGAUGGCAAAAUCAAGCCACUUGAUUUUGUUUUGAAAGCUAAGAAAAUCAUCAAAUCAAAGAGGUCCUCUUUUGGGGUUCAUUUAUCUGGUGCUUUGUUGGAGAUGAUCAGGAAGCUCAAAGGCCCUGAGGUAUGACUUAUAAUAUAGAUAAAAUGCUAAUAAAAUAAAUUAACAAGAGUUGGUUCAAGUGAUAGAGAGUCGGUCGCUAAAACAAAAGUUUGAAUUCUAAUUAUAUAUGUAAAAAAGCCAUCUGUUAGGAAAGUUCUACCGCUUUAUUGGGCCCUCAGUGCUUCAUCCUAGAUUGGUUCAAGUAGAAUUAAGCAUGGCUCUACAAAAUUGAAGA